AUGUCGAACUUCUGUACUAAUCAAGCGGAGCGCCAUGUCGUGUUCAAGUCAAUUAAUGCCACAUUCAGUCCAAAACACUUUCAUAAUUUCAGUAUAACGAUUAAGAAUAAUACCGUGAACAUGGAUAUGUAUAUUAUUAGACCCUUGCGUCGUGGCUACAUGGCCCAUCUCGAAUAUCAAAUGCGUUUGGCCAAUGCUAAAUUAUUUCAAACAAUUUUUAGUAACAAAUUCGAUAUUUGCAAUACAGUGGGUAGCCUGAAGGAAAGCAUCAUAAAGUAUUGGUUCAAGACAAUGUUAAAGAAUGGAAAUUUUAUGCAAAACUGUCCCGUUGAGGUCGGACACUAUUAUCUCCACAAUUGGCAAAUGGCAGUGACGCACAGGUUUCUUCAACCUGCCGAAUAUCGAUGCAUUGCCCGUACCUAUUAUGGCAAAUACAAGUCCAAGACGGAGGAUCAUGUAAUUACAUUUCAAAUAGAAGCAGAGCUGAUGAAUUAA